AUGGAGUUUAGUAGUCACACUAAUGAGGUUUUGGACCCGGUAGAAAUUGACUUCUUCUCCGAUCGAUCGCGAACACCUAGUCCAACACCUGUCUUAACAAGUAAUGUUUGUUGUGAUUUGGAGGACAUAUUGAGCGACGCUAUUUCAGAGUCAUUACAAGGAUCUCUAAGAGUGAGUUGCAGUCAGUUGAUUAAUCAAGAGUUAACUAUAAGACCAGAAGCAAAUAUUGAAUCAAACGUUCCCGAGGGGCUUGACCUGUAUACAGUGAUAUACGAAGUAGAGAGUGAUAGUGAAAGCAAAAUGGCUGAUGUGAAUGGAUCAUCAGCACACACUUCUGCCAAAGAUCAGGACGCUUGCAGGCACGUGGGUGGCUCAAAGUUCUAUGAAGUGAUGGAAGGGACCAGCGUCGGGGACGCCAGCAUUCCGUCUCCCACGGAGAAGCAGGAUCCCACCAAACCCACGGAGAGUGACGACGAAGUGUCGGACGUGGACCAGGAGUGCACGGUGUUCUGCGGCGUCAGCUACCUCGGGGCUCAGAACAUCGCGGACCCCAAGUCGGAGACGGACAUACAGAGGAUCAUGAAGGAGUUGAGCUCGAUGCCCGAGAACAGAGACGGGAUCGCGGUCUCCAUAUCCGUUCCGGUCUGCUCGCAGGGACUCGUCGUCCUCUACCAAGCGGAGAGCAACGGCGUGAUGGCCCGCUACGCGGUGAACCGCAUUUCCUUCUACGCCCGAGGCGCGGUGGGCUCUCCCGUCGCCUCGUGCUUCGCCUUCACCUGGUCCCACGGUGAGACCAAGGAGUCGGCCGUCUACAGGUGCCACGUCUUCAGGUGUCACAUCGCCGAAGCCGUCAGCCAGGUGUCGAGUUGUUUCGCAAAAGCCUUCGAGAGGAUACCGCGCUCCAUGGCGUCUUCUCUGAUCGGCGACUCGAGCGCCGCUCCUUCCAUGACCGGAUCCCUGACCGAGGGCUCGGGCCCGGCCGCUCCGCCCAUGCAGCUCAUGCACGUGCUCGAGUGCUCCGUGGACAUCAAAGAGACCGAUGCCAAGGGCUCGUUCAGCCACGUUCCGAAGGAGCGCCUCGGGUACAAACUGCGAGGAGGCAUCGACAAGCAGGUCACCAUCAACGUCAAGCAGGUCACGAACAAUGUACCGACGGACCCCGACGACAUGACGUCGUCGUACACCGGUGGCCUCUACAUCGAGAGGUGCUUCGGAAUACUUCUGGCGCCGGGACGGAGCGUCAAACAUUCGGACAUGCAGCUUCUCGAAAUGGUGAGCGGCGCAUCGGGCGGCUCGGGGUGCUCGGUGUGCGCGCUGUGGAACGCCGGGGAGUCGGCCCUCGCGGCCUUCAACGUCGCCGGCGGGGACGGGGCUCCCGCCUUCAUGUCGAUGGCGCUGGACCUCGUCAUCCGCGGCAUCAGGGAUCCGCUUCGAUUGGUCAUAGAGACUCCGGUGAAGGUGUACCCGCCCUCCGAGAGGUUCUGGUAUUACUCCAAAAGGCCCUUGGUGCAGCAGUUCUACAUCAACCUGAGAGAGUCGGCGGACUCCCUGGGUCAGCUGCAGUACGAGGUGGCCAGCGUGGAGACCUCCGGGGAGCUGGACAGAUCCAGGCUGAACCUGCCCCUCUCCCUGUCCAGUCUCCUACCGUCGCCGCUCUCCGCUGCGCCCGCGCCGCCUUCGCCGUCGGAGGCCGAGUCAGACGGAGACGAACCCUUGCUGAGCGGAACCGGCGAAGUGUCGAAGGACUGCGGAGAAGACGUUCUGGAGAAUUGGGCGCAAGUUUUGAGAAGCUGGGCGGGGCCGCGGCCUCGAGCCCUGGGACCCUUGGUGCGAGCGGGCGUGCCCGAGGCCCUUCGGGGAGAGGUGUGGCUGCGUCUGGCGGACGUGGACCAGAACCACAAGCUGAUGGAGACCUACAGGACGCUCAUCAGCAAGGAUUGUCCGUUCGAAGCGGUGAUCCAGCGGGACAUAGCGCGAACCUUCCCCGCGCACGACUUCUUCCGCGAGGCGGGCGGCCUGGGCCAAGACUCGCUGCUGAGGAUGGCCAGGGCCUACGCGGUCUACGACCACGAGGUGGGCUACUGCCAGGGGCUGAGCUUUCUGGCCGCGACGUUGCUGCUGCACAUGCCGGAGGAGCAGGCCUUUUGCCUGUUGGUUCGUCUCAUGUACGGGUACGGUCUGCGGGAGCUGUACAAAGACGGCUUCGAAGCCCUGUACAUGAGGCUGCAUCAGCUCGAUAGGUUAAUGGAGGAGCAACUGUCCGACCUUCGCGCCCACUUCCGAGAGCUGGGAGUGGAGCCUCACAUGUUCGCCUCCCAGUGGUUCCUCACGGUGUUCACGGCCAGGUUUCCUCUACCUCUGGUGUACCACAUCCUGGACGUGUUCCUGCUGCAGGGCGUGGACACGCUGUUCCAGGUGUCCCUAGCUCUGCUCACCCGCUGCAAGAAGGAUCUAAUGCAGCACGACUUCGAGGGGGUGCUCAAGUACUUUAGGGUCACUCUGCCGAAGAAGUGUCGGGCGGAAGAGUCGUCUCGGCAGAUCGUGAAGCUGGCUUGCGGCAUCAAGGUCAAGAGGCUGCCCAAGUACCAGCUGGAGUACGAGAAGUUCAUCAAAGAAUCGGCCGAAGAGGAGAAGAUCAACGCGGAGUUGGAGCGGCUGAAAGUGAUCAAUGCGCAACUGCAGCAGGACAAAGACACUCUGGAGAAACAACUCGCGCAGAGUCGCAAUAAGUUGGAAGAAGCCCGGAAGGAGGCGGGCCACCACUCGGCCGUAGCUCGGGACUACCGAGAGAUCUGUGGCAGGCUCGACAGGCAGCUGCAUCGUCUGCAGGACUGCACCAAGAGCUGCGUGGGCUGCGGCCUGAAGCUGGCGCAGUGGGACGAGGAGGAGCGUCGGGCGGGCGAGAGCGAGGAGAAGACCUGGAGCGAGGCGGAGGCCCGUCUGAAGCAGCGGGUGCGGGAGCUGGAGCUGGAGCUGGCGCAGGUCAAACUGGCGCACGUGCAGGCGCAGUGCAGCAAUCAGGAACUCAGUCACCGGCUGAACUCCGCCCUCAACGAGAUGCAGUCGGCGAUGAACCAGAAGCAGGCCGUGGCGCCCUGGCUCGUCCGCACUCUCGGUUCGAUCGUGGAGGCCGCUCAGAGCCGACCCUCCUUCCAAACGUACCUCCCGAACUCGAGUUCCGAGCCGACGCCGCCCGUCCGCCGGCGGCCCCACCCCGGCCCGCGGGGCGCUCCUCGCUCGUCGAGCCCGGCGUCUCCGGGGGGGGAGAGGGAGGCGAACAGGCGGAGCUGCGACGCGACCACCGUCAGGAAUCUGUCGCUGGGUUGA